UUAAUCUAGGCAUAUCCCGACUAAUAAAUCUGGGUAUAUCCGACGCAGUCCAGAGUCGAAAAUAUUGUAAAAAGUUAAAACCCUAACUUUCUUUUUUAUUUCCAUCUGGCCGCCGCGCGAUACAUUGGCGUUCUUACCUCACCCGCCGUACACAGCUUCUCCGCUCCCUCAAACAAUCCUCUUCGACAACACAGCUUCUCCUCUCCACUCCCUCGCCGGAAACGAUGGAUGAUGGAGUGUUUUCUUUGGGUACUGUAUCCGAUUGGGGAUAAUUUUUGCCCAAAUUUCGAAGAUAAAACUUUAGAUAUUUGGUUCCAACUGAAAAUGCAGAUAUUGUAUUAACACUUUGAACACCAAAAUGUUAGGAUCACCACAUGAAUAGACAAAGAAAAGUGGCAAAGUGUCCUCUAAAUGAGGUAGGAAAAACGAGAUGUCCAUGUAAGCAUUGUCAGAUUUCAAUGUCGCAGUCACUGGACAGGAUAGAAUGUCAUUUAUUUAUGAAUGGAAUGUCCCCUUCGUACACUCAAUGGGUUUAUCAUGGAGAACCUGCAAACUUAGCUCGAUUCCAGACAAACAUUAGUUCUUCUAUAGAUGAUAGAGUAAGUAGAGAGUUUAAUGUUGAACAUGAUGAUGAUGAGAUGUUUGGUCUUCUAAAUGAUUUGCAAGGGUCAAUGAUAAAAGGGGAAGGAGAUGUAGAUGAUGAAGAAGAUUUUAAGGAUGGAAUGCCUACUAACACUGAAGAAAGGGAUAAUUCAAACAUUUUUGAGGAGUUGAUAGCUGAAGCACGAAAUCAAUUCUACCCUGGUUGUGCUAAAUUUUCCUUGUUGAACUUCUUAGUGAGGUUGAUGCAUAUCAAGGUCCUCAAUGAUUGGAGUAACAAGUCUUUUAAUAUGUUACUAAACUUGUUGAAAGAUGCGUUUCCAACCGGUGCAUCUAUACCAGUUACGUUCUAUGAAGCUAAAAGAAAGCUACGUGACCUAGGAUUAGGAUAUGAUCCACGCUUGCAAAUAUGAUUGUAUAUUAUUUUGGAGAGAGUUUGUUGAUUGACCAAAGUUGUCUAGUAUGUGGUGAGUCUUGAUAUAAAAUAAAGGAUGGAAAAGGUAAGAAAAUCCCACAUAAGAU